UCUUGAAGACUCGCAAUGACGAAGCUUAAGCAGAGUUUCUCUAUUUCAAAAGACACUUGUGGGCAAAAAGAAUCAUUGCUGCCAAAAGUCUUGCAGAAGCAGGAAAGGAAUUCCACAGAGAAACACAAGAAAAAAGUGAAGACUACAAAAAGUGCUGCAUUCUCGAAACUCGAAAUUGAUUUAGUGACCAUGUGUGACAAAUCGUUAUUUGCUUGCAACAUUGCAACGGCAACAGCAACUGGCAUUGCAAUUGCGGUACUGUCAUUGUGUGUGUUGCCUGCCACUGCCACAGCCACAGCAACUGCAGCGGCUGCUAGCAACACGUACGUGAAUCCCGCUGCCGCUGCUACUGUCGGCGGCUCAAGUGUGGUGCCACCGCCGGAUGAGGCGCUCAUCAUUGCCACUGAGGUGCAGCAGUUCACCAGCGCUGCGUUACUGAAAAUCGAUAAUGUGCUGCAACACAAGUUGCCUGCGAAGAUGCACGCCGAGGGCGAAGCGGUGCGUGCCGAGGCGGUGCAACAGUUCGAGUAUUGCGCACAGUUGGCCGUCAGCAAGGAUGAAAUUUGGCGUUUUAAGGAAUGCGGCGCGGAGGAGUUGGGUCGUGCUAUGCAGCAACUUGGCUUGCUGAUAGGGCAGGCGUAUAGCGGUGCGGGUAGCGUGGCAGGGCAUGCCUUUUGGUGGAGCCUCUUGAAAUUAGUUGGAUUCCUGUGAAAUGUUGCAUGCGGGGAAUGCAACGCUGAUUGUGAUAGAGAGAGAUGGAGAAAGAGAGAGUGAGAGAGGGUUGAGAGAAUUAGGCGCGUAAUCUCUGAGUACUAAAAAUAUGUGAGCUGUGGAUACUGGAAGAUUUUAUAAAAAACUCGAAGACAUUUCGUGUAAAUAUUUUUUUUUGAGAAAUGGUUUUGUAAGAUCGUUAGACGAUGAAUCUUGGAAAAAUAUUUUUUUUUGAAUAUAAAUAAAAUUACAAAAUAAAUAGUGUCA